CGUGUUUUAAGACAACGAACAACGACGACUUUAGUGAGGAAGUCAAUCAGUUGGUAUUCAAAUUAGGUCGAAUCAAAGACAGAGGUUAUUUACUGUAAUAGCAAACAACAGCUGCUGGCCACUGCACUGGAAUUAAAAUGCCAAAACGUAUUAGCCUAGUUACUAUUUAGAAUGACAGUUAUAACAAUAAACGAAUUGUAUUUUUCAAAAUUGUGUUCAGAUGACAAAAGAUUUAGUGCCUCUGAAGUAAUGCUAAUUAGGGUCUUUCAGCCUUUGUUCUGAAUUUCUGACCCGUUGACAUACAGUUUACGAAUGUCUACGCUAAACAUACUGCUGUUGCGAAGGUUGAAUGGCUGAGAAUAUUCAUUUUAUCAGAGCUGUGAUUGAACCAUUGUGCACUGAAAGAUGAUUCAAUUUGCGAGUUACAUCGACAGGCAAAAGUCUGGGCCGGGCAGCUCAGAAAAGUCUCAGAAAGUUCACUCGGCCAACUGGAAAGAAGAGAUUCAACUCAAGAAGGAACUAGAUUGUUUAAAUAAACAGGAACAGCAAAGAGUUGCGAGAAUCUCCUCUGAUCAACGACUUGUUGUACAUCGAUUUCAACGCAAACUCUCUUUGAGCGUGGAAAUUGCGAAGAACCACGAUGAAGUGAAAGAAACUUUGGAUAUUAAUCACAAACGUGCGAUAGAGUCGAGGAAGCUGCAAGGUCAAAAUAACGAUAUUGGUGAAGAAAGGAUCUCUCUGAGACAGCUUCGCUGCUUAAGCGCAAGCCCAAAACCUCCGUUACCGAAAUUUAGGAGAGCUAAAUCAUGCGAACCCCCUCGGAUAAGCCAUAACACGUCAUAUGGUGAAACAGAUUCAGAUUAUCCCUCUGAGAGACAUGAUUUGCCACCAAGGCCGAUGACAGCACUAGAAAAGAGGAACAAGAUAUGGGAGAGAAAGUUGAAAACUGUCACUCAAAGAUUAAAUCGAGCGCGAAGUGCUCCAGCGAGGACAUCUUACUACAAAGUCCCGGAGUUUAGUGUGGUGCAAAGCAAUACCUCGCGUGAAAAACACAGUGGUCAAAAACUACGUCGACCGACUAAUGUUGAAAUUGACUUAGAGUACUUUCGUCGAGUAAGAGAAAAAGAGCUGUAUCUUCAAAGGCAAGCUGUGAAGAAUUUUCUCCAAAGUAUCGAGCCUUUGGAGUUGGUUCCCUGGACACCGGGAUACCAGCCGGCCGAAAACAGUAACGAGGUGGAAAAUUCAGUUGUUAUGGCGGCGGUCGCCCAAAGUAAACAGGACGUGAACGCCAACGAAGUCAGAUCGAGGAGCCGAUCAGUAGGUUCUUAUAACACAAAAGAUUCAGCUGGCUUGGCAAAACGUGGAAGUGGUAACGAAAGAAGCGUUAAUGUGAUUAAUACAAAGGUGCCACUGAAUGCCUGGACGUGAUGAGGCGAAAAUAGUUUCGCACCGCCUUGUGCAGAGUGAACAAACAAUAGGAGAUAGUGUGCAUGGAGUGCUGUUAACAGUUAAAGGUGUUUAUUUGUUUAUUGUCCAGUACUUCUUUAAAUUCUAAUGUAUUUGAUGAAUUGUGCAUUAGAAAGACAGAAUAUGUCACUUCUUAUUAAAAGUA